UUUCUCCAGUCUCCAUCGAACAUUCAAAGUGUAUUUGUCAAUUGCGUGCCGUGGAAGUAGCUGUGGUCGCAGCUCGUGUACGUUGCCGUUUUUCGCAAUUUUUAUUUGAAUUAGAACACUUCCAAGUGGAAUUUCUGUGUUUAACCGCGAACUGUCAUCCCCUGAUUCCUUUCCAAAAUAUUUUAAUCCCAUCCGAGCGUGUGUAUGAAUUUGUUUUCACGUCUCGAAAAGAACAUUCCAAAUUGCCACCCGGGAGUUCCCACUGAAAGUCGGUAGUUCUCCAGCAGCGGCGCGUCCUCAGUUCAGAAGGCAAAAAGAAAAAAGUGAUACCGAGAAAUUUGUGUUCCGCGUUUUGAGUUCUGGUGUUCGCGUUCGUGGAAUUUGUAAGCGUCGCUCAAUUGUUCGGACUUCUAGGUACUGAGGACAGUUUGGAAAGUUUUCGGAAGCAUAGCGAAAAUGGCAUCAACAAUGCGAACAUUAUCGCCCGAGGAGCGAGCAGAAAUGCAGGAGAAGUUCACAGAAAUCGACAAGAACAACGACGGUUUCAUAGAAUUAAAAGAACUCAAAGAAGCACUCGAUCAAGUUGGCUUCAAAUUACCUGGAUAUCAAGUUCGUGAAAUGAUCGAUGAGUUCACCAACAAACAACGAGCCUCGAAUCAGGGCAAAUUAUCCUACAAAGAAUUCGAGGAUUUGUGUCUUGACUUAAAGGCGAAAGAUAUCGGUCACACAUUCAAAACAGUUGUUUCGAAAAAAGAGAAUCUAGAAACGUUGGGUGGCAUGUCUAGUAUAUCAUCAGAAGGUACAACACAUUCAGUCCGUCUCGAAGAACAGUUGGCUUUCUCCGACUGGAUAAAUUCAAAUCUAAGUCACGAUCCCGAUCUUAAACACCUACUGCCCAUUGAUUCGGAAGGAAAAGCACUCUACCAGAAGAUCAAAGAUGGAAUUUUACUAUGUAAAAUUAUCAAUCAUUCAUGCCCGGAUACAAUUGAUGAACGUGCUAUAAAUAAGAAAAAUUUAACGGUGUAUACGGAAUUUGAAAAUCUUACCCUAGCUCUAGUCUCAUCACAGGCGAUCGGAUGCAAUAUAGUGAAUAUUGAUGCUCAUGAUUUGGCCAAAGGCAAACCACAUCUUGUGCUGGGUCUUCUAUGGCAAAUUAUUCGAAUCGGUCUGUUUAGUCAUAUUACGUUAGAUAGUUGUCCAGGAUUGGCAGGCUUGUUGUAUGACGGUGAACAUUUGGAAGAUUUGAUGAAAUUAUCACCCGAAGCGAUCCUUUUACGUUGGGUUAAUCAUCAUCUGGAGAAAGCCGGAAUAUCGCGUCGAUGCACAAAUUUCCAGAGCGAUAUUGUUGAUUCAGAAAUCUACACACAUUUACUUAAACAGAUAGCUCCGAAUGAUGCCAAUGUGAAUAUGGAUGCCUUGAGGGAACGCGACCUGAUAGCACGGGCUGAAAUCAUGCUACAGCAAGCCGCUAAAUUGAAUUGCCGCAGUUUCUUAACGCCACAAGAUGUUGUGAAUGGUGUCUAUAAAUUGAACUUAGCCUUCGUUGCGAAUCUUUUCAACAAUCAUCCGGGUUUAGACAAACCGGAACAGAUUGAAGGUCUCGAAACAAUUGAAGAGACCCGAGAGGAAAAAACAUAUCGAAAUUGGAUGAACUCAAUGGGUGUUUCACCGCACAUAAAUUGGUUGUAUUCGGAUUUAGCCGACGGCUUAGUUAUUUUCCAACUCUUCGAUAUCAUUAAGCCGGGCAUUGUGAACUGGAAUAGAGUGCACAAACGUUUCUCACAUCUCAGGAAAUUUAUGGAGAAAUUGGAAAACUGCAAUUAUGCUGUGGAGUUGGGUAAACAAUUGAAAUUCUCGCUCGUGGGAAUUGCCGGACAAGAUUUAAAUGAUGGCAAUGCAACAUUAACAUUGGCUUUAAUCUGGCAACUGAUGCGUGCUUACACCCUAUCAAUUCUAUCACGGCUGGCUAACACAGGGAAUCCAAUUAUUGAAAAGGAAAUAACAGUUUGGGUGAAUAAGAAAUUGGCAGAAGCUGGCAAGACAACGAGUUUGAGAAACUUCCAAGAUCCAGCUAUAGCCGAUGGACGCAUUGUGAUCGAUUUGAUAGAUGCAAUCAAACAGGGAAGCAUAAAUUACGAAUUAGUCCGGAAUGGAGGAACCGAAGAAGAUAACCUCGCAAAUGCAAAAUAUGCCAUCUCAAUGGCGCGUAAAAUUGGUGCACGUGUCUACGCCUUACCCGAGGAUAUCACCGAAGUGAAACCCAAAAUGGUUAUGACAGUGUUUGCAUGUCUGAUGGCUAUGGACUACAUUCCGAAUAUGGACAGUGUACAAAACAAUGUAAAUAGUGAAUAAGUCAAAGAAAGUACAGUACAUUAGCGUAACGCUUUAAUUUUAAGUGUAACUAUAAAUAAUUUUGUAAUUAAAGCAUUUAUAUGGAAGUGAAGUAAAUCGAGUAACUAAAACUUGUGACCAAACAAGAUUUGGUACUAAUAUAAAAGUAAGAUAGAGAAUAGUGAUUAGAUAUUCUCGAGUAAUGUUAUCAUGCUAUAAGACAAAACAAUCGUACUAACGAAAGAAACGUACAUUUUUCAUGUAGAUUAAGUGGAAACAUCUUUAUUUUUGUUAGAUUUUUCAAAGUAUUGUGUAUUUAAUUUGAAAUGAAUUAUUUUUUUUAAUUUUCGCUUGAAUGACUUUAUUUGCUUUAUAUUUUGGAAUUCCUGUCACGAGGGUAGAAAAACACAAUGAAAUUUCUACUUAGCGAGAGAUGUAAUGGCGUUUUAUAUUUUUAUUUUCAUAUCGAUGGGUUGUAUUGAAUGAAGAUUCUUAAGUUAUGAUUGCAUUGGAGCAAGGAAAACUCUAGAUCAAACUCAUGAAAUCCUUUUGUCAUUUUCUAUAGUUUUUUGUCAGAUCAAAUAUUGGGUGUAGCGCGAUAAUUUUCGGAAAUUAUUAUUUUAGUUCAUUUUUGAAUUAUGAUGUGAUCAUGGAUAUCAAAAAAGACACUCAAAUUCCUUUUUAUAAAACAAAAUGAUAAUAUUAGAUAUUUAAAAAAAAAAUUCAUGAAAUGAUUCGCGUAUAGUGCCAUCGUAAACAAACCAUUUAUAAUACCUAAUACAAUGAAUAUUUUGUGCAAUUUUACAUGGAACAUUUUUUUAAACUUUCCAAAACUGUUUUUGGUGUAACUUUAUAUAUACGUAGGCAUGUAUAUCAUUUUCCUAAUGAAAAUCAGGUUCUUGUGUGAUUUUUGUGUUUCGUAAAAAGACCCAAUGAAAUUUUCUUUUAAUUUACUUUCAGUUUUCUUUUCUUAGUGAAUAAGUGUAAUGAUGAGUUUACCAACCUGAAAUGUAUUUUAUUUAUAAAAAUAACAUUAAAUUGAAGGAGUAGAAAAGAAAAAUAAGACAUCGAUAACUUCCAAUUUUUACCAACCAAUUUAUACAGCAUAAAAGAAAUGAAAAUAACAUUCAGCAUUGUCAUUUUAUAAUAUAAUAAAUUAUAUUAAGCUUCAGAU